AUGAAUGAUUUGCCACCAGCGCGCACUGGUAGAGAAACCCAACUUUACUCAGCAGAUGGUGUACGACAGGUUGCCGUCGCGAUUCCGAUUGAUCCCAGCACGAACAAAGUGCUAGUCAUCACAAGCAGCAAACAUGCCAAUGUUUGGGUUCUCCCUAAAGGUGGCUGGGAAAAUGACGAAACGCAGGAGGAGUGUGCCAAGAGGGAAACAUAUGAAGAAGGUGAGACAAAAGAUGCAUUAUGCAGAAACCAAUAUAUCCUUGUCAUCUAA